AUAGGCGAAGAAAGAAAGAAAGAUAGAUAGAUGAAGCUUACGCUUGAGAGUUGAGACAAAAAAAAUUUAAAGCCCCCGCCAACCCCACUUUCCUGGUAUUCUCUUUUAUCCCCCGCACAACACCGCUAUUCUUUGCUUCGCAGACAGUAUGAAGGGCAUUCUCCUCCUCCUUCUCCUCCUCCUCCUUUCGCUGCUCUUCUGGGAACCGGUGCUUGGGGCCAAUGUGACGUACGACCACCGGGCGCUGGUCAUUGAUGGCACCCGGAGGGUCCUCAUCUCUGGCUCCAUACAUUACCCACGCAGCACUCCCGAGAUGUGGCCGGACCUGAUUGAGAAGUCCAAGGCCGGGGGACUCGACGUCAUCGAGACCUACGUCUUCUGGAACAUCCACGAGCCCGUCCGCAACCAGUAUGAUUUUGAGGGGAGGAAGGAUCUAGUGAGGUUUGUGAAGACAGUGGCUGAGGCUGGCCUCUUAGUACAUCUUCGCAUUGGCCCCUACGUCUGCGCUGAGUGGAACUAUGGUGGGUUCCCUCUUUGGUUGCAUUUCAUCCCUGGGAUCAAGUUUAGGACAGACAGUCAGCCCUUCAAGGCAGAGAUGCAGAAGUUCACUGCAAAAAUUGUGGAUAUGAUGAAGCAGGAGAAUCUAUAUGCAUCCCAAGGUGGACCCAUCAUCUUAUCACAGAUUGAGAAUGAAUAUGGAAAUGUCCAGUCAGCUUAUGGAUUAGCAGCUAAAACAUACAUCAAUUGGUCGGCAUCCAUGGCGACCUCUCUUGAUACUGGUGUACCAUGGGUGAUGUGCCAGCAAGCUGAUGCACCUGACCCUAUAAUUAACACUUGUAAUGGGUUCUACUGUGACCAGUUCACUCCAAAUUCUAACAAGAAACCUAAAAUGUGGACAGAGAAUUGGACUGGGUGGUUUCUUUCUUUUGGCGGAGCAGUGCCAUAUAGACCAGUUCAAGACAUUGCAUUUGCUGUCGCUCGUUUUUUCCAGCGAGGUGGUACCUUUCAAAAUUACUAUAUGUAUCAUGGUGGGACCAACUUUGGUCACACUUCAGGGGGCCCAUUUAUUGCUACAAGUUAUGACUAUGAUGCUCCACUCGAUGAAUAUGGAAUUAUAAGGCAACCAAAAUGGGGACACCUAAAGGAACUACAUAAAGCUAUAAAGCUUUGUGAAAAGGCCUUGGUGGCAACUGAUCCAACAUCCAGUUCUCUUGCUCCAAAUGUGGAGGCCCAUGUGUAUAACACAACAAUUGGCUGUGCUGCAUUUCUGGCCAACAUAGGAAUACAGUCUGAUGUAACUGUUAUUUUCAAUGGCAAGUCAUUCCAUUUGCCAGCAUGGUCUGUGAGCAUACUGCCUGACUGCCAAAAUGUUGUACUUAAUACUGCUCAGAUAAACUCUCAAACUACCAGUCAGCAAAUAAAAUAUCAAACUUUAAAACAUAAGCGCACAGAUGAAUCUGAUCACUCCUCUGAGGCACUACAGUCAGAUUGGUCUUUUGUUAAUGAACCGAUUGGUAUCUCAGAGAGUGAUGUGUUUGCCAAACCUGGGUUGCUUGAGCAAAUAAAUACUACGGCUGACAUGAGUGAUUACCUUUGGUAUUCCAUAAGCAUUGAAAUCAGCGGUGAUGAGCCAUUCCUUUUCAAUGGGACCCAAACUAACCUUCAUGUGGAAUCCCUUGGCCAUGUCCUUCAUGUUUUCGUAAAUAAAAACUAUUCAGGCCGUGGGAUAGGUAAUAGUGGUAAUGCGAAGGUUACUCUGGAAAAGACCAUUAUGCUUUCACGAGGGAAUAACACAAUUGAUCUUCUGAGUGCAACUGUAGGCCUGCAGAACUAUGGUGCAUUUUUUGACUUAUCAGGUGCUGGCAUUACUGGACCUGUGAAGUUGGGGGGCCAAAGUGGCUCAUUAGAUUUAUCUACAAAAGAGUGGACUUAUCAGAUUGGACUUAAAGGAGAAAAAUCCAGGCAAUUUGAGGAUUUUGAGGCUUCACAGUGGGUAUCCUUGUCAACCAUACCAACAAAUCAACCUUUGAUAUGGUACAAGACAACCUUUGAUGCUCCCGAGGGCAAUGACCCUGUUGCGAUAGACUUCACUGGAAUGGGUAAGGGUGAAGCAUGGGUGAAUGGACAGAGCAUUGGACGAUAUUGGCCAAAAAACAUUGCUCCGCAGAGUGGCUGCUCUUCUUGCAAUUAUGGAGGAGCUUUCAAGAGUGACAAAUGUCUAAAGAACUGUGGGAAACCAUCUCAGCAACUGUACCAUGUUCCUCGUUCAUUUAUGAAACGAGAUAGCAACACUCUAGUUCUUUUUGAAGAGAUGGGUGGGGAUCCUACAAAGAUAUCUUUCGUAACAAAACAGAUUGGAAGCGUGUGUGCACAUGUAUCAGAGUUGCACCCUGGCCCAGUGGAUGCUUGGAACUCUUCAGGACAGAAUAGAGGGACAUUGGGGCCGAUGUUGACUUUGGAGUGCUCCUAUCCUAAUCAACUUAUCUCUUCUAUCAGAUUUGCUAGUUUUGGGACUCCACAUGGUACAUGUGGAAACUUCAACCAUGGCAAAUGCAGCAGUGCUAAUGCUCUAGCUGUUGUCCAACAGGCCUGCAUUGGGUUAAAAUAUUGCAAUAUUGGUGUCUCGGCCAAGUCAUUUGGUGAUCCAUGUAAAGGAGUCACCAAGAGUCUUGCGGUUGAAGCUGUGUGUUCUUGAUAAGAUAGUGAGUACCGACCAUGCCAAUGGUGGAUGGGAGCAGAGUGUCGCUUGGGCUGGUGUAAAUGCAUGCCAAUAUCUGAAUAAACAUGUCAAGUGAUUCAGAAUAUAUAUAUAUAUAUAUAUAUAUAGUGAUAUUUAAAUAUUUAUGUUGUGCUGCAAGUGUUAUUUUAUUUCAAGAAUUCACUGAAGUGGAUGAUGGAUCUGUGUAUCAACAGCUUGAGAACAAUUAUAGACAGAUCAGUAUCCAUGGUAUGUGACAUGUGGCUAAUAUAGAUAAUAAUAGAAUAAGAAAGUUGUAAAAUAAAAUAUAUUUGAUACUUGUAGGAAUAAAUAGGGUUGAUGUAUUAAAUUAUCACACAAAAUCAAUUUCAAUUCGUUGGCGCGUCAGAGUUCUUUGUACCAAA